GCUACCGUUCUGACAUGGCACCCCGCGUGUGCGCUAACGUCAAGCGUCUGCAUGACCCGUGCACGUGAUUAUAUGUAAAUCAUGGCUUGAACGAAGGACUGCAGGUUUAACAGAACACGGUGUUGAACAUGACAGGACACAAGGUCCGAUGCGCUAUGGCAAUGAAGACUUCUUAUGAACUUCUGAUCUUCAAACCUUUUAUCUCUUUGUGAACAAAAUGGCGGGGAUAUCUUUCAUGUAUCCGACAUUCUGUCUCAUCUUGGUCGUAGUUGCAAUAUCGUCGACAUUAUCAGCAUGCACUGCGUAUAAUCAUUCAGAUCACGUGACACCUUUAUCAAAUCUAAGUUCAGGGAGUCAUAAUUCUACGGAGUCUCAGGAAAACAUCAGCCAUAAUGAAACACACCAUCGUGUCGAGGUUUUUGAAAUUCGUUACCAUGACAUGCGGGAACCCUUUCUUUUUACUCUCGUUGUUUUAAUAGCAGCUGUUAGCAAAAUAGGUUUUCAUUAUGCCAAUAAGCUCUCGUCUAUUGUUCCCGAAUCAUGCCUUCUCUGUAUCGUCGGAACAGUGUUUGGUGCCAUUAUAUUCUUGACAGGAUCUGGCGAGGAUUUACGUGCAUUCUUCACCCCAGACACGUUCUUUAACUAUCUACUACCUCCAAUCAUCCUAGAGUCUGCGUUCUGUUUGUAUGACAGAGCGUUUACCGAUAACAUUGGAACCAUCCUCAUAUUUGCUGUCUUUGGAACCAUAGCAGCAUGCGGUCUUGUUGGACUGUCGCUGAUUGGUCUACAAUCGGCCAGUGUUAUGGAGUAUGUUGGCGCUCCUGUACAACUCCUUGUAUUUAGCGCCCUUGUUGUUGCGGUAGAUCCCGUUGCUGUCCUUGCUGUGUUCAAUGAAGUUGGAGUCAACAGAGUGUUGUAUUUUCUCGUGUUUGGGGAGUCAUUGCUAAAUGAUGGAGUAACUGUUGUCCUCUACAACGUCCUACAAGCCUACAACCUGAUCCUAAAAGAAAGAGCUAUCACUGUAGAAGAUAUCCUGCUCGGCGUUUUGAAGUUUGUCGUUGUGUGCUUUGGAGGUCUUGCAGUCGGACUGAUCGUGGGAGUGCUGUGUUCACUGCUGACGAAAUACACAAACACGACAAAAGUAAUUGAACCUGUCGUUAUAUUCGGAAUGGCCUAUACGGCGUUUUUAGUGGCGGAGAUGUUUCAUUUUUCUGGGAUCAUCAGUUUGAUUGGCUGCGGUCUGAUACAAAUGGCGUAUUCACUUCCUAACCUCACCAAUAAAUCACAGAUCACCGUCAAGUUCUUUUCUCGUGUUCUCAGUACGACGAGCGAGAUUAUCAUUUUCCUGUUCUUGGGUUUAAUGGUGGUACGUCCGUUAAGCUGGAGCACUGCUUUAACACUCUGGACAGUGUUACUUAUUACAGCCUAUAGAUUCUUAGUUGUGUUUUCCGUUUCUUCCCUUAUUAAUCGCUUUGACAGACACAGUGUAAGGAAAAUCCCCUAUGACGAAAUGUUUAUUAUGAGCUAUGGUGGUAUCCGAGGAGCGGUAUGUUUCUCGCUGGUCGCUCUGCUAGACAAGGAUGCCUUCCCAAUGAAAGACACGUUCGUCACUUCAACACUCUUUGUUAUCUUUUUCACCGUCUUCAUUCAGGGAGCGACUAUAAGGCCGUUCGUCACAUUGUUGAGAGUCAAACUUGCAUCUAAAUCAGUCGAGGCGUCUCUAGUAGAGGAACUUAUGAGCCAUGUAAACGAUCACGUGAUGGCGGGUAUAGAAGAGAUAAUUGGAAAUGAAGGCAGGAACUCCAUGAGGGAGUGGUUCUACCAUUGGGAUGAGAAGUAUAUUCGUUCUAUUCUGCUGAGAGACCACGAUUUGAACGAAGUGCAGUACGAAAUUCUCCAGUGUUAUGAAAAACUUGUCAUGAAGGAACACUACAAAAAUCUACACAUGAGUGGAGCGAAGAACUUACCCAAGGCAGCAGACACACUGAGGAACGUGGACAGUACAGCAAUCAUUAUGCAAAUACGAAGAAACAGUAUCUUGCCCGUUGACGUGCUACAUGAAGUGGACGAGGACGAAACAGAAUCAGAUGACACAAAUGUUAAAUUCACUCUCGAAGCGGCGCCGUCCUCUCCCAUGGAGCUACAUAAGUUUUUGGAUAAAAACGCACAGCAAAGACGACACAGUUUAACGCAAAACAUAUAUGGUUUUCCACGGUCAUCUGGCUUGAAAAUCGAGGACCGGCGCAAAGUUCGGCGUUCAAGUAUAACCAUGCUUGAACAACAGUGGGCAAACAAAAGACAUACAAACCAACGACUACAAAGUAUGACCUUCAUGAGGAAUAAGUGGGAGCGACCGAAGUCCUGGUCAGAGGAGCAUGCUGUUAUUGCUCAACAACGGGGGAGUGAGGAGAUUGUACCGGAACAGCGAAGGCGUGCAAUGACGGUCGACGUUGACUCGACAUCCGCUCGCAGUACUCGUUCGCGGCUGUUCGGCUUAACGAACAAACCCAUUAUGGAGUCGUUAGACGAACAAGUUACCAGCGAGUCAGAUAUUAUGUCGGAAGCCGAUCCUCUCUUAGCUUCUGAAAGAAUACAGGAGAUGAGGAUGGAUAACUUUCCGGGAAAUGGUAUAUUGGACAAUUUACCGAUUGAUGUAGGAAGUAAAGGUUCAAGUAAGGACGAACAGAACACAUCACAGGUGACUGAUAGCAACGAUCUAAAGAAUCAUGACAUAUCUGGGUCAAAGUCAACUGGAUCACGCGUCUCGCUAAAACGACAGCAUGCAUUACUUGGAGAAGAGAACCUACCAAUAGAUGAUGCUAGCUUCAUUGAAGAUGAAACAAAAUCAUGAUGACGUCAAAAGUGGUUUUUUUACCUUGCUUACUGUGACGGCGACAUUCAUAAACAGCACAUUGUGAAUGUAAUAUUUACUUUUGUUACACCUCAAGUGAAUUUCUAGCUAUUUGAUUGGUUGGGAGAAAAUUAAACAAAAA